CACCCAGGAGCAGCAGCUGCAGUUAGCAUUAGCAUCCAGUAUCUGAGUGAGAGAGAGAGAGAGAGAGAGAGAGAGAGAGAGAGAGAGAGACGGAGAGGACGCUGCGAUGGUAAAGUUUAGAAACACCGAGCCUCGUCUAGUCGACUAGACGCCGGGGCCACGUCAGCUGAACCCCAGGGGCGGACGUGGAGAGGACCAUGGGCCGGGGCUGGAGCCGCUGAUCCCCCCCCCCCGUGGCUGGACUUGUUUUUCCGGGGCUUCAGAUGAGCAGAGAGAAGUCGCUCGGUGCCUCCUGGUCGUUGAACAACAAGAUGGCAGCAGCAGCAGCAGCACUGGGUCUGUCGGUGGUGCGUCUGUUCCUCCACUCGCUGGGUGACAUCCACUGGUUCUACUGAAGGCAUGGCCUCACAAGUCUUGGUUUACCCACCACACCUGCACUCCGCUCAUACAAGUGCCUUAGGAACCAGCAGAAGUGCUACCAGCAGAGACACAGGCGAAGCCCACCGCCCUAACAACACCAGCAGAACCUUUCAGCACAGACCCCCACCCAAGACCUACGUGAUAGGGGUCAACUACGGAAUUGCCUAUCCCAACAACGUUCUCCCGUCCGCAGCCGGUGUUGAUUCAGGAAGACGACCCAGGGGAGCACAGCCCGAAGCACGAGAGGAGUGGACGGGAUUACAAAGAGAGGAGAGUUUCGAGAGACAAGGAGCAGGUCCGGCUGGGAUCCAUACCAGAGGCCCACAGGAAGUGAGGCCUCGGGGGGACAGUGGUGGAACUCCCUCAGCAGGAGUAGGUCUGGAUUGUGGGCUACUGAGGAGGGGGUGUAUCAGAGCAGAGGAGGAAGCGGGCAGAAACAGGAGAGUACGAACCAGAGGGGGGUAUGUUAGUCUUGUAGACACUGCCCAGGGAUGUGAACAAUACAAGGCAGGUGUAAGUGGAGAACAACCGCGGGAGAACAGCUGCACCGGAACGAUGCAGAUAGUGGAGGAGGUAUCUGCUCUACCUUCACUUCCUCCCACUGUGGCCAUGUUGCAAACCAGCACUGGGAAUAAUGGAGACACCGUCAGAGUAGGGGGCAAAGGCACGAUGCCUCCCCAACACAGCAAGGUGGAUGGAGAGACAGACAUGGGAAUCGGGCUAAACAAGGCCGAGGUGAAGCCUAACGCUGGUACCGAGGCGGUGGCAGGAGCGACAGUGACCAGGACCGGAUCCGGAGACGGGGACUAUCAGCUAGUCCAGCACGAGGUCCUGUGCUCCUUGAAGAACAGCUACGAGGUGUUGGAGUUUCUCGGACGUGGCACCUUCGGUCAGGUGGUGAAGGGCUGGAAGAGGGGAACCAACGAAGUGGUGGCUAUAAAAAUACUGAAGAACCAUCCAUCCUAUGCACGUCAGGGACAGAUUGAGGUGGAGAUCCUGGCCCGGUUGAGUAACGAGAAUGCAGAUGAGCAUAACGUGGUGCGUGCUCUGGAGUGCUUUCAGCACCGCAGCCACACCUGCCUGGUGUUUGAGAUGCUGGAGCAGAAUCUCUACGACUUCCUCAAACAGAACAAGUUCAGCCCGCUGCCGCUCAAAAUCAUCCGGCCUAUUCUGCAGCAGGUGGCAACAGCCUUAAAGAAGCUGAAGUCUCUGGGUUUGAUCCACGCUGACCUGAAGCCAGAGAACAUCAUGUUAGUGGAUCCCACCAGGCAACCUUACAGAGUAAAGGUCAUCGACUUCGGCUCAGCCAGCCACGUGUCCAAGGCUGUGUGCUCCACGUACCUGCAGUCCAGAUACUACAGGGCUCCGGAGAUUAUUUUGGGCCUGCCGUUCUGCGAGGCCAUCGACAUGUGGUCACUGGGCUGUGUGAUAGCCGAGCUCUUCUUGGGUUGGCCUCUCUACCCCGGAUCGCUGGAGUAUGACCAGAUCCGGUACAUCUCUCAGACUCAGGGCCUGCCUGCCGAGCAGCUGCUCAACAAGGGGACCAAGACGUCUCGCUUCUUCUCCAAAGAGUCGGACUCUCCCUACGCCUCCUGGAGACUCAAAACGACAGAACAGCACGAGAAAGAGACGGGACUAAAAUCCAAAGAGGCCAGGAAGUACAUCUUCAGCUGCCUGGACGACGUAGCACAUGUGAACCUGGUGCUGAGUCCUGACAACUGUGACAUGCAGGCGGACAAGGCGGACCGGAGGGAGUUUGUGUCCCUGCUGAAGAGCAUGCUGCUGAUAGAUGCCGAGAACAGGACUGUUCCCACCGCUGUUCUCAAUCACCCCUUCCUCACGAUGACUCAUCUGCUGGAUUACCCACAUACUAACCAUGUGCAGUCGUCUUUCCGCAUCAUGGACAUGUGCCACAGCGGCCCAACCAAUGCGGUCUUUGACGCUCUCAACCAGAACACCAUUCAUUUCUCCAGACCUCCUGUGGUGCCCGCCGGCUCCUCUGGCCUCCCACUGGGCUACAGCAACAUACCAGUCCACCCUCAGGCGUUAACCCAGUCGGGUCCCUCGGUGAUGCAUCCAGGGAUCGCCCUGACAACUGGGAACGGUCAGUUUGGCUGCAGCGACUCGUUCCCACCUGCCCUUCUCCUGUGCCCCCCCCCCAUGCAAGGUAACCUUAAUCAACAAGCAGGGUAUUCUGUUCCCAUGGUAACUCAGGCCCCUCCCAUGCAGCCCCUACCAGUGAGGCCUGGUGUAAUAGCUCAGCAGGCCUGGUCCAGCCGGGGGCAGCAGCUCCUGGUCCCAGCAGCCUGGCAGCAGAUGACUCCCGUGGGUCCUCCUCCUUCUCACCCGCCUCCACCACCUCCUUCCUCCUUAACCAACGACGCCACAGCCGGCCAUCAGAGGAUCAGCGACUGGGGGAAAAUGCGUCCCCACGGCAACCACUACACUUCAGUGAUUCAACAGCCUCUCCUGACCAAUCAGAUGACAGCUCUCUCUGCCCAUCAGCCAAUCAACAUCGGCAUAGCUCAUGUUGUGUGGCCCCAGCCGGCCAGUAAGAGGAACAGACACAGUCACAACCGGAACCUGUCCCACCACAAUAACAUCCACAUGGCAGUGUGUCGGACCUCCAAGAUGGCUGAUGUUGUUAGACACGCAGGGAGAGGGCAGCCUCAGAGAGCGCCGCCUCGGGUGGAGACCAGGAAAGUGGAGGUUCAGAACACCGACGAGGAGGAAGAGGAUGCCGAGGAGGAAGUGAGCUGCUUCAGAGAGGUGGUGCCGAACGGCAACAGACAGCUGGACCUGUCCAGUCAACAGCAGAGAGACGUGGCUGUGCUGAUGGGCGACACGCCGAGUCCGGUGCACAGCGUGGUCAGCAUCCGCAGUGAGCUGACUGACGGAGAGGAGGAGGAUGAAGACCCACAGAGGUGCCUGAGAGGGUGCAAAGAGGAGUGUGCGUGUGAGGCCUGCAGAAACACCAGUGUGUCCAUGGAGAGGGUGUGUUCUCUGAGCAGCCCUGACAGCAGCCUGAGCACCAACUCCUACAACUCCAACUCUCUUCACUCCAGCCCCUCUGUGUCUCCCUGCAAGAGACCCAACAGCAUGUCUGAGGACGACGGCCAUGAGAGUGGCUGUGACACAGUGGAAGGUUCCCCCACGUCCGACACAUCCAUCUCCCCACGUGGAAACAGCCACUACCGUUACCUGGAUAAUGGCAACCACAUCACCCGCCCGGCUGUGACUUCCAUGGUGGCACCGCUGCCUGCGCCUGCAGUGCACGGCAGGACUCCCCACCAUGUCCGGACAAUGGUGGUUCCACCAAUGAGAGUGCAGAACAACAACACUUAUGGAACAGAGCAGCGUGUCCUGAGAACGGUCUCAGAGUCCUGGUCCCGGUCCAAAGGGCGCUGCAGUCUCAUAGGACAGCACAGCAGUCCCUCUUCUGCCCCCCUCCUCCCCUCCGGCCCCCUCCUGUCCAGGCAGCAAACGGCCGCAGGGCAGCACCUGCCUCCUCUGGCCUUUGGACAGGUGCAGCCGUACGGUUCAAACCACAAAGAGUGGAACGGCAACUAUGGGCCUCUGCGACCUCAUGCCUACAUCCCCCCCACUGUCCACACACACACCUUCACCCACCUGCCCCACAGCAGCCCCACCCACACCUCCGCCGGCCCACACACACACACCCUGCUGUCCUACGGCCCCGGUGGCCCCCUCACCACCGCCCACCACCCCCACCCCAUCCUGCCCUCUCGCCCUCCUCCCCCUCUCCUCCAGCACAGCUAUGGUCUCACCCACCCACAAGGAGGCACUAUAGUUCACCAGGUGACCCUGGGCAUCAGCGCCCACCCCCACCACCAUGGACAUCCCGCUCACAGGCUCCUCCCCUCCCCGACCAUCCACCCGCACCACCAGCCCAGCUACGCCCACCUCCCCCACCAGUUCAAGCCUGCCUUCCCCCCCCCACCGCCCCCCCCUCACCCCUACAUGGCCUCGCCAGCUGCCUACACCGGCUUCCCUCUGAGCCCCACCAAGCUCAGCCACCACCCACAGUUCUCCUAUAUCUGAGGUCGCGGGCCGGGCCGCUGCAGCUCCCCCUGCUGGGGAGGAGGGGCAACGCGAGACGGAGUGGGGCUGCGACCUGGGCAGGUAGAGCGAGUGGCCGAGCACAAAACGGACACUUUUGAUGACGAAGACGAGGAUGAUGGGAAUAUGGUUAAGGAGAAGAGGAUGGAAAAUUGUGUAUUCAGAGAGAAAAGAUGUUUUGUGAAGCCUCCUUCCCGUGGAGGUUUCACGUCACAAGUCACAGACGACAUCGGAUCUGAUGGACUUCCUGCGAAAUCAGCAGGUUUCAGCCGUCGGAGGAAACCGAUUAAAACUGCAAAGCUUUAUAAAAGAGAACAUUACACGAGUGGAACGAUUCACACGUGAUGAUGACAAGGAUUUGUUCAUUAAGAAUGUCCUUUGCACAUUACCUCCUGUCUUUGAGUGUUGUGUUGUGAUCUAAUUAGAGGCUGGAAUUCGCUUGUUGUCGUCGUGUGGGUGUGGGAUCGCUCAGCCCCCCCCCCCCCUUUCCCUUUAUCUUCGUUGCCUUGUAGCACGUGCUCGCCCGCUCAGAUCUGCUCGUUAAGCCAUCCCAGUCUGUGUUAACCAGGACCCAGCGCUCCUGUCUCUGUUCCAGGCAGAACUUUGCUGCUGCCGCCUCCUAGUGCCUUAAAAACCAGAGUCUACGACCUAACUUCAGGAGCUUCUAUAGAUUGUACAUUUAAAUGGGCUUGCAGCACUUAACCUUCAGACUCUGAUCACUUUGGGCUUAUCGGACGAACACGAGGAUAACGCUUGUGGUUGGGUUUUUUUAAAAUAUUGGACUUCAGUUUUGCUUUCUAACUCAAGAGUAUGGAUUUACUUUAGCUAGAGGCUGCACAUUUAGGGCUUUGACUGAAUGAGCUUUUUAAUGUACAUAGAGAGUGAUUUGAUAUUUUGAUAAUCGAUUUCUAUUCACUAUAGUACUUAAUUCAUAACAGUAUUGUCACUGUUUACUGUAACUGCAAUACAAUCUAGAUAGCCUCUGGGUUGCUGUGUUUUUAUUAUUUCAUGCAUUUAGGGCAGACUUGCAGUAAUGCAUCCUAUGUUUUAGAGUGUUUUAUUUUGGGGAGUGGCAUAGACUUAAAGAGAAUUAAGUUUUUAUCUUUUAAAUGCUUGUCAGUGUUUGAAAUAAUCAGCUUACAGUGUCAUUGCUGGGCUAUUGAGUGUUAGAGGUGUAUUGGUAAUUGUUUAACAUAUUUUUGUGAGAUGAAUUUUGUCCAUGUAUUGAAGCCUGUUGUCAGUUUUGAUACAUUCCUUCAGGGUGGAUGCAUAGCCUUGAUUUUUGUGCGUUUGUGUGAGUGCGUGUGUGUUUGAUUUCUCGUGUGUAGUGGAGCUGCGUCUUUACCUGUCGUCAUAUCAACUGGUAUUUUACUCCAAUCAGCACCAAAGACUGUUCAUGAAUCAUUUCUGAAGCAUGGUCGAUACGAUUUCUCCCUUUCACCUCCGGCGUACUGUCGCAGUUAUCAACAUCGGAUUAUAUAUAUAUUGUGAGAUCUCUAUUUUGCGAAAAAACCAAUGAGGUUGAGGUUUUAUUUUUCUGAGCUAUGUUUGGCUAAUUGUAUUUGGAAUGUAUAGUUAUAGUAUAAUAAGCUGCUAUGUACUGAUUAUCCGCCACUUUCGUAGCUGUGAAUUUAGAGGACUAAUCUCGUUCUAGCCUGCAACUCUCUCUUCUGCAUCGUAGUUCACGCGACUAUAUGCGAUAGAAGUGGGUUUUAUUUUGAUCCUAGAGUAUAUUGAAUGCUAUUCCUAUAUGCUAGUGCCUCUGUAUAUUGGCUUUGUUGUUUUGAAGUGAUUGUAAACUGCUGUAAUGGAAGUUAUGAGUUUUCUUUUUUUAUUUUAUUCUGUUGCUUUUUGGUGUGUGUGUUAAUGUGUGUUUUUUGUGUGUGUGUGUAUUUAGCAUCAGUAUUUCAAACGUAGGCUGGGUUUCACUCUUUGAUUCUGUAACCGGUGUGUCGUUGACGUAUUAUUGUGUUUCACGUUCGGUUUCCUCUGAUGACACGGCUUUUGUUUCUCCGUUAUCGGACUGUGUUCGCGACUCCUUGUACUGUACUGAACUUAGUGCCUUCCUUCAAAACGCGUGGAUAUCAAAGCGGUUUCUGAAAUUCGUUGACUCAUUUCCUCCUCCUGAAGGGAAUCAGCUCCUGUUUUCACAUCUCAAAAAAAAACCCAAAGUUGUUUGUUUGACUAAGAUGAGGACGGGAAACAAACAGAAUCCUAAGAAAGUCAGGGAUUGUGUUACUCUGCUCGACACCGUGCAGUGCUAAGAAACCUGGGGCCUGAAAACACAAGUACAGAGCUUUACUCUCACAACGUGAAUGUAUUUGUGGACGUCAACACAUCUGCUUUUGGUUCCGUGGAUGAGUUGUUCUCCAUUUCUAGUGGCUACACAGCAUGUUCCUCUCAUUCUGUGCCGGGGGAUGUUGAUAGUUGGAGUUGAUCAGCUAGAUGUCGCCAUGUGUUUCCGUCAGGGCUUCUUUCAAAAUGCUUUAUCAAUCGUACUCAAAGUGUUGGUCCAAAGCUGUCAUCGACUCCUCCUACUACCUUGUAAUUGUUUGGCUAUAUGGCUUGUUGAGUAAUGGGUUUAUUUUGUGUACUCGUCUAAAUAAUCUACUGUGUUGACGAAUCCUUAAACGAGAGGAUGUGCUCUGCUCGGCUUGGAGUGCAGUCUAUUAUUAUUAUUAUAACUGAUUGGUGUGUGUGUGUGUGUGUGUCACACAAUCGUGAUCUGUACUUAAAGUGCUGUGCAGCCUCGCCGCCUGUGAUGAGAUGUGCCCUCCCCCCCCACCACCACCACCACCACCACCACUCUGGGUUGAUUGUUCAUGACGGAUAAUCCCGUCUCACUGCAGCUUUACCCCGACGGCGUCAAAGUCACCAGAGGGUCACACCCCCCAGCGUUCAAAUAUUCAAACAAGCACCGGGAGCCUCAGAUGACAGAGCAGGGACUCUUCAGAUACUAAAACUAAUUCUGCGUUAAGUCAUUAAAUAGAAUGUACCUUUGACGAGACCCAACAGGACCUGAGUUUCUUUAAAUUCUAUCGAGCUGCACACACUCAGAAGCUGUGUCUCCACUGCAGGAACCUUUCACCCUGGAACGAGGAACCCUUACUGGAACCUUUCACUCCAGGUCCAGGAUCUAAAUCAAUUCUUUCUGACCCAUAACAAGUGAUAGAUAUCAGUACCAUAGAUUUGACCUCAUGUAGGAGACUCAUCAUGACUUAUUCCCUAGAAGAUUGAUGACCGUUAACGGCUCGAUACGAUACACACCGAAACCUAAUCGCUUGUUUCUUGGCCUGUGUUUCAUCUCAACACAAAGUUUAGUGGAAAUUCGUUGGGUCGUUUUUGUGUAAUCUUGUCCACAAAGAAACAAAUGGAGGUUAAAAAAAAGAAAACAAUAAUUCAACGCUCUCUAUUUUGUCUUUGAGGGUUCUGUUCCCUGUUCUGCCUCUGUCGGUUCCCUCAUGUCUGAACCACCUUCCCUUUAAACACGGCUCAUCUCAUUUGAGUCCAGGGCGGGAAAACAACUAGUGUGAAAUUCGACUCCUCAGACGUUCUAGGUAGAUUUUUGUACCACAACUAUAAUUGUGUUGACAUUUAUUGUAUUUAGACACAAAUAUGUAGACUUGAUUGCUAAAUUGAAACUGUUACUGUUCUGAAUAUGUGUAGGUUUGUGUGGCUUUAUGAGUUAAUUUGUUUUUCUUUUGAUUUGUUGUUCUUUUCCUUUUAAUGCUACACUAGUUUGACAUGUAGCAACUGCACUGUGCAAUAUAAAACAAUACGAGGACUGGGAAAAUGAUUAUUUGGAUGUAAUAACGUGUCUUACCAGUUUGCAGUCGUUUUUCUCCCCCCCCCCUCUAGUUCUCAGUGAGUUCAAUGUGACCAAGCCUUAUGUACUUUGUCACAAAAAGCGGGUCCUUCUUGGUGACUCUUAUUGGUGAGUGUCAAAUUAUGAAUUGAUGGUUGUACUAUGUCAAGAUUCACUUUGAAUUAAAAAAAUAUCUUUUGCUUCA